AAUAUUUGAGAAUAAAAAUAUGGCGGAAGCGGUGCAUAUUGUCAAUCGGAGAAUGUUUAUUAUUUUUUAAAACAGAAUAAAAUUACAUCCAAAAUGUCUUCAACGGAGCCCUCGCAGAACAAAACAUGGGAGCUGUCCCUGUACGAGCUCCACCGUACCCCACAAGAGGUGAUAACAGAUGCCACCGAAAUAGCUGUGUCCCCACGUAGCUUGCAUAGUGAAUUGAUGUGCCCAAUUUGUUUGGAUAUGCUGAAGAAGACGAUGACUACAAAGGAGUGUUUGCAUAGAUUCUGCUCCGAUUGUAUAAUAACCGCUCUGCGGUCCGGGAAUAAGGAAUGCCCGACGUGUCGCAAGAAACUGGUCUCAAAGAGAUCCUUACGUCCCGAUCCCAACUUCGAUCUGCUUAUAUCUAAGAUUUACCCCAGCAGAGAUGAAUAUGAAGCCCACCAGGAACGUGUACUAGCAAAGAUAAACAUGUCGCACUCUCAAGCUUCUUUAGUGAACUCUAUUACUGAAGGAAUAAAGCUUCAAUCGCAAAAUAGACCUCAAAGGGCUCGAAAAAAUCACGAAGAAAAUAGUAGCGCACCUAAUACGAAUGGAACCUCAGAACCUGCGGCGCAAAAUGGAAGCAAUGGUAGUACAUCAGUUCCUAAAGAUGCUACAUCUUCUGUGAGUAAUCCUACACCUGCGGGGCAGUCAACAUCCAACCCUGCUUCAGUGAGGAGUACUCCAUCCCCGGUACCAUCGAAUAUUAGUUCAAUCUCGAAAAACACAAGCACCACAAAGAGAGCUAAAUCUAUUAUGACUUCGGAACACAGUGAGGAGAGUGAAUCUAGUGAUGGCAGAACUGAAGGCGAGAACUCAAUGGACACUGAAGGCGAGGGGGAGCCGCUCAAUCCAAAUGAGAUAGAACUGGUGUUCAAACCACAUCCCACCGAGAUGACCGGGGACAACCAGCUCAUGAGAGCCCUGAGGGACAGCUCCGUGCGCUACUUGAAAACCACUGCUAAUGCUUCAGUGGACCACCUCAGCAAGUAUCUAGCAAUGCGGCUCACACUAGACCUGGAUGCAGAGUUGCCUGAAGCGUACCGGUUGCUCAACUUCUGCAUAUAUGUGGCGCCUUCUCCCGGACAGUUUGUGCCGCUGGCCGGCUCCCAGACCCUGAGGCAGAUCAAUGAUAAAUUCUGGAAGGUAACCUAUGUGAACAAACCACUGGAGAUGUACUACUCGUGGAAGAAAACCUAGAAGUGAAUCACAUUUUAGUUAUUCAUAUUAUAACUAAAAUGGUAUAUGAAGUGUUAAUUCUAAGGAAAUUACUUAAAUAUUCUAAAUGUCAAAAUGAGCCAUGGACUCUUUUUUCAUUAUGUGAUAAUGAUAAGAUAGCUAUUUGGUAUGAUCGAAAAUUUAAUUGUAAGAAUAAUUGUUUUAAAAUGCAUGUAUGAUUGAAAUAAUAUUUAUUUGAUAUGAUACUAAAUAGUACACACUACAACCAGGAUAACUGUAAAAAGAACUGGCUAAGUGCGAGUCAGACUCGCGCACCGAGGGUUCCGUACUCAGGUAUUUUUUCUGACAUUUUGCAUGAUAAAUCAAAUACGUGAGCGUGGUUUGACUCAAAGCUCGCUCCAGCGAGGGACUGCAAUUACUUUUAUACGUGGCCAUUGGCCAUAUUAUUAUUGUAAAUCGAAUCUUUAAACUGAGCAACCGCCGAAUUUCUUGCGGGCUCUUCUCAGCAGGAAAAAUAUGUCGAACAAGUGGUAAAUGCAUUUGACGAUUCAAAAGUACUUGUAAAAGUUUAUUUGAUUUAAAAGCCGCGCUAUUUUGCUCUGGCGUAAAACAGCCUUUUCGGAAGAAAUUAGUGCUAUCUUUGGCCCUAUCAAUUUAGUGAGAUUUGUGUACAAGGGUACAUUCGAAUUAGCACCAGAUGUGAUUCGAAAUACAAAAUAUUAAAAUGAUGCGUAUUUUGAAUGGCCUACAUAUACUUUAGUUUAUUUUACUUAUUGACUCAACUUUGAUAUAGUUUUAUGUAUUUAACACAGAUGUCCAAUAAAUUAGCCAGAAUCUAUCUCUCUUCAAAAAUCCUGAAAAGUGAAAUGAUUAUAAUAAUCAUUUAACAUAUUAUAGGUAUGAUUAUAACAAUAAAAUACUUAAUAAUAUUGUUAGAUGAAAUGUUUUUAAUGUUGUCAUAAUAAAUUAAAAGAGUAUGAAAUAGGUAGGUAUUUGAAUAUUAUUUAUUAUUAUUAUUCAUGGCAAAUAAACUCAGGCAGGAAUUUUGUACAAUAUUUAUUUAAAUAAAAAUGGGAAAAUAAAUAAUUUGUUCCUUUUCGAAAAUUGACGUAAAUAUUAUUUAUUUUACAUUGGUUGUACAAUUGUAACAUUUCGUUUUUAUACAAUGCAUUUACUAUCGCAGACUAUAAUAUUAUUUUCGACAAAUGGUUGUAUUCAAUAUAGUAAUGAGUAAAUAAUAUUAGAUGAAUGUACAAGACUAAUGUGCAAUUAUAAUUAAAUGACUUUUAACCUAA